GCACGUCUCGCGUUUCCCGACUUAAACAAACAAAGGCGCAAAACCACUACAACCCAACGAGAUUACUUUUAUGCGGAAAAAAAAAAAAAAAAGUGAAAAAAAAGAGAAAAAAAGGAAGAGACACAGCAGCAACUGAGGGAGCAUGAAUUAAGGCCGACUGCCAGAAAGGCACAUACUCCCCGCCACACCAGACCCUUUUGAGAAGACAAAACAUACAGAGCCACAACAAUAGCAACAGCAGCAACUCACCAAUAACAGCACUUAUAAUGAAGGUCAAGAUUACCCGCUGGAAUACCGUCGCGACGUGGCGGUGGGACAUCCCCGAGGACGACGUCUGUGGUAUCUGCCAAGUCCACUUCGAUGGCACAUGCCCGACCUGCAAAUACCCCGGCGACGAUUGCAGCCUCUUGUCUGGCAAGUGUGGACACAAUUUUCAUAUGCAUUGCAUUCUGGAGUGGAUCAAGCAGGACUCGGCAAAGGGCCAGUGCCCCAUGUGCCGUCAAAAAUUCGAGUGGACGGACCAGACGAAUGAGACCGUUGAGGCCUAGAUGACCGCUCCCCUGUUACCGGCGCUGAAGCAUGCCAAGGCAUACUCUUGGAGAAAAGGUGAAUGAUAUAAAGGCUUGAUUCAUAAAGACAUCUUUCGGCCUUGGUGAGACUCCAACAGUGAACAUUAUUGGUGACAAGUGCAGCGUCUCGGUUGGCUUCGUUUAUUUCCUGGGUCUUGGGCCAUGAACCGUGGAAACCACAGCUUAGUUCUGGAAACAGUCGAGUGCGAACCAAAAGAGACCUACACUCACUUUAUAUAAGCGUCGCAAGCCACUCAUAUAUAUAUUCCGAGUUUGAAUAUGGAAGGCAAUCACUUAUCCAGUGUCUAUCAUGAUUCGAGACCCCCGAAGCCGGAGAUCCGCCC